UGGAGAAUCUGUUUAACUUUCGUAUAUUUGUGGUUUUAUUGCCUCCACCAAUUCUGAGAGACCUCUUUCUCAGUAGUGUAUCAGUUGACAGCACAGAAACACUACAUCCUGGCAGUUGAAAACCUCUCUCACAUCUCACAAUAGUAGUUCUGGUAGAAUCCCAGAUAAUGAACCUGUGUGUACCUGGGCAGCAUGUGUGCCAGUAGUGUCUGUUUGUGUAAAUUCUUUAAACACAUUUUCAUUGCAUGGCUCUGCAGUGUCCAAGUGUUAAUGCUGUUUUGUCAGCCAGCCUAAUCCAGCCUAAUCAUGUAGGGCAGUGAGCAUCUUCACAGCACUUCCUUAGUUCUUUUAGGUUUGCUCAACAGUAAGGUGAUGAAAAAUGAGCUUACAGUCUUGAAGUGCAAGGCUCAGAGUUUCUUCUAUCUGAAAAUCACCCCAAAAAACUGGGUAGAUUGAAGGGAGGUUUGAGGCAGGUACAGGUUGUCAUGGUUGCUGCUGAUGUCACAGUCCCAAAAUGACCUGUGGAUGCCCUGUGAGGGCAGUUCCACAUACACCAAGUAGUUCCAUCAUUUUCAAUGCAUCCCUAGUAGGUCAGGCAGCCUUGGCUGCUCAGAGCCGGAGGUGUUGCCUGUGCUGUGCAAUUAGUGCUUCCACUCCUUUCCUCAGCAUCACAGUAAACUGACGUGUGAGAGGAAACCAUGGCGUCAAAGGAGCCGGCCUCGUUCGUGGACAGAACCACCUGGGAUUUCCUCAACCUGCUGGACAUGCUGGGGAACCGGAAUGGACGGGUGGGUGUGAUGGAAGUGGACCAUGCUGAGUCAAGAGCUCCCUCAUUGCUGGUGGAUUUUACCCAGGACCUGUGUGGCACAGUGGACAUCAAGCACAAACCACAGCAGGCAGAGAAUGAGGGAAAGGAAGAAGAGGACCUGGUUGCCCCACAUCUGAUUUUUAUGCUAUGGCAAGCCAGUGUGUUGAAAAGGCUCAUGCAGUGGGAUCACCUGGAGGAGGCUGUCCGGGAUGUGAGGAACCUCCUCCCCUGCCUGCCGAAUGUGUUGGUGCUUGUGAUGAUCCGUCCUGACUCCCAGGAGCAGCUGGACCAGGCAGCAAGAGCGCUGAGGAGAAUGCAGUGUGUGCUGGAUGGGGCCCUGCAACUGACUGUGGAGACUGCAAUUUACAGCCCAGGCCAGCCUGGAGGUGUUCUGGAGGCAAAGAAAGCUGCCUGUAGGGCACUGAGAGAAGCCUUGAACUGCCAUGAAGAAGUCGACUCCCAGGAGCCAUUUGUUAUUUCACUCCCAGAGCUCAGAUACUGCCGAGUUCUGCCUGAACGUAGGGAAGAGAAGGUAUCAAAGACAGAUGGAGAAUGAAUUCCCUUGGGCAGCAGAAUCUGUCAGGUUGGUUUUAGCACUGUCCUACUGGAUGUCCCUUUGCAGAAUGCUUCCUUCCUGGUGACUUGCCUAGGCCUUCUGCAUGGAUGAGAUUCAGUGCAUGGCUGCUGCCAGAAGGGGACGCUGCAUCCUCAGCAUCACACUAUCGUUGCCACAAAGCUCAGAGUUCUUUGCUGCAUUGACUGAACAAUCUGCCCUGGGAAACUUUUAUCAAAAAUCACUGAGUUUCUGCUUUGCAUGAAAUGCCUUGCUUGAUUAUCAAAAUGUCCCUAAGAUACCUGUCCCUAAGAAAACUGUCAGCAGAGAUGGAAGCAGAGCAGGCCAGAAGCCUCUUGCUUUUAAACUGUCCCAGAACUGAAACAGUGAGAAAAACUCAAGACCAAGGCCUCAGACCACCUUUUCCCAGGAGAACCUGGAUACAGGAGUCGUUGGUACAUGGUUCUUAACAGGAACAAAGCUCCUGAAACUCCACAGGGUUCUUUGUAGCAGGGAGUUUACCUUACGUACAAAUGGGUACACAUCCAGCAGAUUGAGUUUCUGGGAUGGGUUAUUUUGGAUGGGAAGAACUGUGGGAGUAGUAGAAUAUUUUUAAGUCCAAUUACCCACACAAUAGCUGAACUCAUUUCCCAUCCUCUCUGGGCAUGGAAAAGCACUGUAAGUAGCUGCACUUUUUUGCAUUGGGAGUUUAUAAGUAUUUUUUCUUUGGUGUUUU